UGGUCGCUCUUACUGGCUGCCGUUGGCCGUGUCUUCAACCUGUCUUUGUCUCAGCUAUUAUUGACCUGGUCACAAUGGAAGUCGGUCUGUUACCUCUGUCGCCCAUAAUAAGGUGGGUAUAUCCUCCUUAUUGUGACAUUGCUAUUGAUUCUGCUUCUUUCAUCUAUUGUUCUCAGGUGUUACUCUUUUUGUUUCUUCUUGCCUCGUCAUACAGCUCUUUAAUUUUUGAAUUCUGGUCAUGCAGUACAGCUUCUUGACAAUUGCCUUCUGCCCAUUCGAAUAAUCACUGCUGGUCAGGAUUAUUCUUUCUUUAACAUCUGCUCUGCCAUCUUUCUAUACCUUUCGUGAUAGACUUCUUUCUCAUUCUUCCACCAAAUCCCUCCCUACCCAUAUAUCAGAUUUUCGACAUGUUGUUUUCAAAAUCUGGUCGGACAAUCUUUCCACUUCUACCACCCUAUGGGGUUCAAGAUCCAAACGGCGUUCAAGGUCGAGUCUUUCCUGUACACCCUGAUGGCUCGACACCCUACCUAGGCCUGCGGGCGCGCCUUUCCCAAGUAUGGCUUAACCGCUGGACUGUCUUGCUCCUGCUAGUCCUGGCUCGAGUGCUGAUGGCUGCUUCGAGCAUAAAAACGGACAUGAAUCGAGCCAAAAGCGAGGCCCUAUCCGCAUGCACAAGCGUUGAAUCCAUGGGCGAUGCAAUGGUCUCUAUGCCCCAUUACCUGGCGGAGGGGGUCAAUGAGCUCACAGCAGACGGUGUCAAUGCGGCAAUUGAUGGCCUAAAGACGCUUCUCAUGCUUACCUUGACGGGUGUGGAGGAGUUGGUGAUUUUCUUCGUCAAAGUGAUGUACCAGACAUAUCUGUGCCUGUUCACGCUCGUCGUACAUGGUGUGGUUGAUGUUGGACUCAGCUUGAUUGAAGAUGUCACAGACGUUCUGAAUUCCACGGUCAAGACUGUGGCGAAGGAUAUCGCCAAGGUCACCGAAACAUUUGAGGACGACUACAAUGAAGUAAUCUCGAAGAUAAACGGGGUUGCCAGUUUAUUCGGAGGAUCAGUACCGACCUUGAAUAUCACCAGCGAAAUCGACAAACUGGAAAAUGUACAACUGCCUUCGUCCAUUGAUAAGGAUCUUCAGAAGAUCAACGACUCUAUCCCGAAUUUUAACGAGGUCAUGAACUUCACUGAGAAUGUGAUUCGUUUUCCCUUCGACGAAGUGAAGAAACUGGUCAACGAGUCACUAGGCAAUUAUACCUUUAAUGCCUCCGCCCUCCCUGUCCCUGCGAAAAAGACCCUGACAUUGUGCGACAAAAACGAUGGGAUCAACUCAUUCUUUGCCGGAGCAACCGAUAUAAUCCUAACUGCCCGCAAAAUAUUCAUCGCCGUUCUGGUCGUCGCUGCCAUCAUCGCUUGCGUUCCCAUGGCCUGGCAGGAGAUCCGGCGCUGGCAUACGAUGAAGGAGCGCUCCCAACUCGUUCGCAAGGAAGCUCAUGAUCCUAUGGACGUCGUCUACAUAGUCUCCAGGCCCCACACGGCAGCAAUGGGUAUCAAAGCCGCCAGUCGAUUCAGCAACAGCCGCAGACAGAUUCUUGUGCGCUGGGUGAUCGCAUAUGCGACCUCCCCCGCAGCUUUAUUCGUCCUCCUUCUCGCACUUGCUGGCCUUCUAUCCUGCCUCUGUCAGUACAUUCUUCUCAGCGCCGUCAAAAGAACAGUUCCGGAACUCUCCGCCGAAGUAGGCGAUUUUGCCGAAGAGGUCGUUAGCGUCUUACAAAACACAUCUGCUCAAUGGGCCAACGACGCCAACAAAGUCAUCAUAAACAUUGACGACGAGCUGAACGAUCAUGUAUUUGGCUGGGUCAACACCAGCACCGGCGCUCUAAAUGACACGCUAAAUACAUUUGUCAACAAAACAAUCGGGGUCCUCAACGACACCUUCGGUGGUACCCUACUCUACGAGCCUCUUCUCGACGUCUUCGACUGCUUGAUUGGCCUCAAGGUCGAAAGCGUCCAGAAAGGCCUUACUUGGGUUUCCGAUCAUGCCCACAUAGACUUCCCCCUCCUACCCAAUGACACUUUCUCGCGCGGCGCAGCAGACAGUAUCAACAGUUCCGAUGCAUCAGACAGCUUCCUCGCCGACGCCGGCGACGAAACAUCCAACAAGAUCACCGAAGUUGUAUACAAGGUCAUCAGCGCCCUAGAAAAGGCUCUCCUGAUAGAAGUCAUCAUUGCUUCAUGCAUCCUCCUGGUCUGGGUCAUCAACGCCAUGUUCGGCAUUCUCCGCGCCCUAACACUCUUCUGGGGCCGGGAUAAGAACCGCGGCGAGGGCGGACCUGCUCCUCCCCAUUCACGACCAAACCCAGGCUCGGGUCCGGACACAAAUGGUUUCACCGAUGUGCCCCUCACUACUCUGCCGAGUCACCGUGAUUCCGAAGAAAUUGCUGCACGCUCCCAGCCGGCACCCCGGUACGAAGUUGCGACUAGCCAGGGAAGCUCUGCCGCCGUGCUGAGCAGCGACUCGGAGUAUCCGGACGAGAAAGUCGGGUUCGCAGGCCAGCGCAAUGCUCUUCGAGUGGACGGAGUGUCGGAUCUGCGAGGAAGCAGCUACGUGGAGUAUGGAAUGGAGAAAUAUUGAUCUGCUACCUGAUUAAACGUCGAACUCGCCAUCCUACCAAUUCUUUUGUUUCUUAGCCAGCUUGUACUCAACUC